CCCAACAGGGAUACUGCAAAAGCGUUUUAGUGCGUCCCUGCCUCGCGACGAUUUUGAGACCAGCUAACAAAAUAGAGGUAGCAAAGUAUAGAAAGCUCCACGCCACUGGUUUGGUCUUCGGUUUGGGGAAGCUUCUUUUUAACACAGCGGAAGGGGAAAAUACAUCUGGAGGACUUCAUGAUAAAGGAUGCAACAGAAAGCACGCCUUUUCCUUCCGUUGAUUGGGAGGUAACCCGAGGUAUCUUUUGAAGGAGACACUUUUGUUGUUGCUAUGUCUGUUUUCAAGAUAAUUGCGGGAUGAUUUCGGGCGAAAGAAACCCUUGGAAGAAAAUCGCGUUGGAGUUAAUGGGGCUUACUUCGUAGUAGGCACGCAUAGGAAUGCACUGGAAGCCUAUCACGCAACAGGACAAUUGUGAUCGCCUUGAUAUCAUGUCUGACUGGGGCGGUGUAAAAGUGGGAACGGAAGGCGCCCUCCUUUUAAAAGUGCUCAAAACAACGGCAUGCAUUAGAAACACGUGAGAACGAUAUUCUAGAACUCAAACCCUUGCAGUCCCUAACUUCUCGAUGCUCGGAACCCAUCCGGAGCAGGAAAGGAUGGUUCCAAGGCCGUCAAGCCAAACAAAUUCGCGUAACCACAUGAAAGGGAUGCAGUGAGCCACGAAGUCUCUACAGAAACUAUGGUACCAGUUCCGGGCAGCAGCCCCUAUGCUGGAGAAGGGCGCAGAUCGGCAACCUCCAAGCGCGCCAGUCCCCAAAUCCAGCAGCUCUGUCAUGCGUGUGCUGCUGCAGCCGCACCUUCUCGCUGUACGUUGCAGUAUUUCAUCAAUAAAAGGCGUGCCGAAGAUGGAGCCUUGUAAGUCGUUAUCUCCAAGCUUCACGCCCAUUGUAGAAGAUCAUAAUGCAGAGAGAUGGGGAUACCCUCGCUAAGCCGCACGAUUUGGAGACAAUAUGACAGCAGUGUCAGAAAUUGCUUCCUUCACUCAGCCGUAUAUCGCUCCCAUCCGCUGUUUGCAGGUAUUAACACCUAAUUGCCACUAUCUCUCAGCCUGGACCCAUCACACCUACAAAGUGGAGAAAAUAACCCAUUGCAGGAUUCUUGUGUGCUACAUUUUCUCUCAGCGAGCCUCCGUCUGAACUUUUUCGAAAUUUCUCCCUUCUGUGUACCGGACUAUUGUCAGGGCAUCUUUUCAAAGAUGUACACACAGAACAAGAAUUCACGUGUGCCUCCCCUCCCCGAACUGAGUUAAAACGUGGGUGUGCGGAUAGGGUAGGAAUUCCUUCAUGGUCUUUUAUGAGCAGCUCCUACGUUUGCCCCUUUGAAGAAAAAGACACGCGAGGUGUCAAAAGGAAGCAGGGGAUUGAAAUGUCAGCAGACAACGGAAUUAUCUAUGAUGGGAAUGGCCUUAUCGAAAGUUUACAAUGGAGUAGUAUGGCUCCCCCUUGUGUUGAUUUGCACGAAGUACAACGUAUUGUGAAGUUAGGCAAGUAGUGCCUAGACAUCCGGAUUGAAGUUUGUUCGUUUGUUUGUUUGUUUGUUUGUUUGGAGAACUUAUUCGAGAUGAUGGGGCAGCUCGCUGUGUCUGGAGCUCCGAAUUUUUGGGAAACCACUGACCCACCAUUAUGUUUUCCGUGGGCAUUUGCUGAAAGAAAGGUACAGGGGCCCUGAUGAUCUCUGUUUCAUCGAUCCCCUGGAUUAGCUGACUUUUUGCCCAUAAAGUGAAUCCUUUGAAUUCUUCUGCCUGAAUUCCCAGCAUCCCCGAAAUCAAACACGGGUGCAGACAUCCUUUUAAAAAAACCAAUUAGGUGCAUCUUGAGCAGACAUACUUCUUUGAACACACACACAUUUAGAGCAUAUGGGAUAGCAUAGGCUUUUGUACCUAGCGCUGCUCCUGGUUUUAAAGAGGAGCACAGCAAAAUCUUGUAACUGUUUCGCUCCAUACAUGUAAUUAGUUGGUUCAGUAAAAAAAUGUAGAUAAUCUCUUCCCUAGAAAAGGACAUGCCUUUUCCAUAUGGAGUGGCGGCCAUUACAUGUACCAUGUGAUGACGUUACAGAAGUAAAUAUUACAUACCAGGCAUGAUCUAAACAUAAGAACACCAGCUUGCCCACACUCUGAACUUAUUAACUGAGGUUCUCACUUGCCCACCACCUAGGUUAGGGUGAUUUACCAGUUUUCAUACACCUUUUAUAAAAUUUGGGGUUGCUGGCUUUAUUUACAAUCUGUUUUUAUAGAAUGUUAUUGAUAUACACUGUUGUGUUUUUUAAACAUUUAGUUUGUUUUUAUUGUGCUUGUCAGAUUGUGAGGGUUCCAUCCUUAAAGGAAGCCCAAAAUAAAGGGCAAUAGAUAUUCAUUUUAAAAAUUGUGUGUGUUUUACAUUCCUUUUUAAAACUUUGUAAAGGGUCCUCCCUUUCUUUCUGAGUUCUGCCUUCAGUACUUCCUCAUAACUUUUCCAUUUAUAGCAAACCACAUUUACAAAGGCGGUAAUGGUUUGCAAGUUACUCAGUAAUUAGAAUAGCUAAGAUUUUUUUUUAAUUUCUCAGAUAUAUGACAAGUAUAUCUGAGCUGUUAUACAUUAAUAGAGUCUCUGUGUAGAUUCUCCUGUAUGCCAGACAUUAGAACUGCAGGACCAGUUUCAGAUUGGCAGGUAGAUUCAGCCUGAUGGAGACGAAGCAGAGUCACCAACCGACUUCUGUGGUUAACCUUGUGGAUGUAUUUGAGAAUUUCAGCCUCCGUCAGAGUCCUGUCAAGAAACAGAUUCUUUCCCAACUGGGAGCAUCAAGACCCAUGAUGUCCUACAUCCUUCCACCUGUGGCAGGCGGAGGAUCCAUGAGUGAGGUCAAGAAGGUCACGCCUGCCAAACACAGCCAGAAGCCCUGCAGUAGAGAGUCAGUGAUGGAGUCGCCACAGGCUCCUAGAAGGCUCAGUGUCAAAUGUCUCAACUCUUUUCAAGGAAAGAUUACUGAAGCCAACUGGAGGACUCAGAAGGACACAGACCCAUCUCACCCAGGCCUCGAGACACAUUCUGGAAGCAGCAGAAACCAGGAACCUGAGGAGAAAAAAAUUGCAUUGGAGCUCCUGGAAACAGAGCAGGCCUAUGUCACCCGCCUUCAUCUUCUGGAUCAGGUUUUUUUCUUAGAGCUAUUGAAAGAAGCCAGAAGUGCCAAAACGUUUCCAGAAGAAGUGGUGAAAAUGAUUUUCUCCAACAUCUCAUCCAUUUAUCAGUUUCAUGCUCAGUUUUUCUUGCCAGAGCUGCAGAAACGUAUGGAGAACUGGGAUUCCAAUCCCAGGAUUGGGGACAUUAUCCAGAAGGUAGCUCCUUUCCUGAAGAUGUACAGUGAGUACGUGAAGCACUUUGAUAAGGCUGUGGAGCUGAUCACCACGUGGUCCGAAAAGUCAUUGCCGUUCCAAGAACUCAUCGCAAACAUUCAGAGACGGGAAAUUUCUGCCAACCUAACCUUGCAGCAUCACAUGCUGGAGCCAGUACAGAGAAUUCCUAGAUAUGAACUCCUUCUGAAGGAUUACAUUCGAAAGCUGCCUGUGGAGUCACCAGACAGAGAGGAUGCACAGAAAGCUCUGGAGAUGAUUUUCACGGCAGCCAAACAUUCUAACACUGCCAUUGCAGAAAUGGAGCGACUCCAGAACCUUUGGGAAGUGUAUCACCGGCUGGGGCUUGAAGAUGACAUUGUUGACCCUUCAAAUGAGCUUAUUAAAGAGGGACCCAUCCAGAAAAUCUCUUUCCGGCACAAUAGCACAAGAGAGAAAUACCUGUUCUUGUUCAAUAACCUGCUGCUGUACUGUGUGCCAAAGGUCAUUCAAGUGGGUGCAGAGUUUCAGGUGCACAGCCGGAUUGAUGUGGAGGGCAUGAAGGUUCGAGAACUGAAUGAUGUGGAAUUUCCUCAUUCCUUUCUUGUGUCAGGGAAGCAGCGAACUCUUGAGUUGCAAGCCAGGUCCCAGGAGGAGAUGAAUGCCUGGAUAAAGGCCUUCCAAUCUGCCAUUGACAAGAAGGAGAAGAGGAGUGAGACCUUCAAGGCAGCAAUCCAAGGGCCUGAAGCAGAGACCCAAGACUUCCAUCAGUGCCGAUCGGAGGAGCUGGGCAAGCGGGCUCCUCUGUGGGUUAGAGACAAGCUGGUAAGCAUGUGCAUGCGGUGCAAGGAUCCAUUCAAUGUCAUCACACGCCGGCGGCACCACUGCCGGGCCUGUGGCUACGUGGUGUGCGGCCGCUGCUCCGAGUACAAGGCUGAGCUGCAGUACGACAAGAAUGGACCCAAGCGCGUCUGCAUCGAAUGCUACACCUUCCUGACAGGGCGCUUGCUCCCUGAUGAGCGGCACGGGAAGCACAGAGGCAUCCUGGAGAAAGAAUCUGCAGAACUCUCUGGGCAGAGCUUGAUGUGCAGUUUUCUGCAGCUACUGGACAAGAGUGGAAAGGGGAGCAUGAGGGGCUGGUUUGUGAUCCCACGAGAUGACCCUCUUGUGCUGUAUGUUUAUGCUGCCCCUCAGGACGUCAAAGCUCACACCUCCAUUCCCCUGCUGGGUUACCAAGUCAAGGAGUUGCCUCAGAGUGACACCCGUCACAUCUUUCAGCUGGUACAGUCCAAACAGGUCUAUACAUUGGUUGCAGAGACUGAGGAACUGAAACAACGGUGGAUGAAGGCUAUAGCACAGUCAGCCCGUGGAGAGGAGGAGGAAGACUCAUUUGAUGAACUAGAAUAAUUGGUGGCACAUACUCUGGGCCAUCAUUUAAACACAUGUGGAAGGAAAACAAUCCCUCUUUCUUGCCAUUAACAUUUUUCAACAAUAGUUUUCUAGCCAUUUGGGCAUGUCGUAGUAUUUGUGCCUUUCUGACUUCUCUUAUGAGCCUGCCAGGUGUCACUAUCAAGAGAUAGUGUUUUGCUCUGGAUUACGAUUUGAAAGCCACCAACGUUUGCUGACGUGCUUUGCCAUUUACAUGGUACCCACCCAUGCACAAACACACACAGUAUACGUGUACAUCCAGUCUUUCUAAUUUGUACGUGCUCUCCCUGCUUUCCCAGAGCCCAGUCAGGAAGCUAAGUUCUUAUCAUGGAUGAUGCCUUUGUGCUUGCUUAGGCUGCAAAAUCCAGGUGCUCCUUUCUUACCCCUCCAUGAAUGGAAGCAGUAGAACAUCCACCUACAGAGAUGCUAAAAGCCUCUGGGAACCUUUACAGAUGUUGGUGCUUCUGCCCCCUGGAAAACACCUUCUUCCACAUGUGGGUGGGUCCUUUGGCUCAGUUCCAUCUGUGGCACAUAGCUUAGGAAUGUGGCCAAGCUGUCCAUUGGGCACCAUGAGAAAAAUGCAUUCCAGUCCAUGUGAUGGGAGCCAACUUUAACAGCUGUUUAAAAUGUUUGACUAUAGGUAGGGAACCUGUAGGCCUCCAGAAGUUGUGGUACUUCAUUUUCCAUGAGGUCCAUGAGGUUAGCAGCGUCAAUGGCCAGGAAUGCUGGGAGACAUGAUCCACAGGUUCCCUGCUCCUGGUUUAGAUGCAGUCAAGGAGUUUAGGUCUUCCAUUGCAUUUUAGCUACGGUUCCUAAAAGGCAGAGGAAUUAUACCUCUGGCUAUCUGGGCAUAAAGAGCAGAAGACAGCUAGCAGUGUCAAGCCCUGCUUGGGAGAUUCCAGCAGUAGCUGCCUGGCCACUUUUGGAGGCAGAAUGCUGCACCAAACAAACCUUGAGAAUGGUCUGGAGGUGAUACAGUUCUACUGCUGAAACAGCACACCGACUUUUACGUUAUCGGGAUGCAUGAUUGCCUGGGAACCUUAUCUUCUGAGCUUCCUGAGGAAAAGGAAGGUAUACAUGAAUAAAGAACAAUAAAUUCCAGUGUUCUUACUCA